ACUCUCACAGGAAACAUGGCCACAGACUUCUCCACGAACGCAGUGGAGAGACCGGAGCCCUGUAAGGCGGAUGUUAAAGGGAAUAUUCCCAGCUGGCUGCAGGGCACACUGCUGCGUAAUGGCCCUGGCAUAUUUACUGUGGGGGACACCAGCUACAGCCACUGGUUCGAUGGGAUGGCCCUUAUCCACAGCUUCAACUUUAAAGACGGUGAAGUGACCCACAGGAGCAGAUUUCUUAGAAGUGACACCUAUAAAGCUAACAUGGCUGCAAACAGGAUAGUUGUGUCAGAAAUGGGGACAAUGGCAUACCCAGACCCCAGCAAGAACUUCAUUGUCAAGGCGAUUACCUUUCUCAACCACACAGUGCCUGACUUCACUGACAACGGCGCAAGCAAUGUCAUUAAAUACGGAAAUGACUAUUAUGCCACCUCUGAAACCAACUACAUCCGCAAGAUUGAUCCUGUGACCCUGGAAACUCAGGACAAGGUGGACUACAUGAAAUUCCUGCCGGUAAACAUGGUUUCAUCCCAUCCACACUAUGACAACGAGGGCAGCACUUACAACAUCGGAACUUCAAUUGCAGAGAAGGGCAAGACUAAAUACACCGUGUUCAAAGUCCCUGCUGUUUUGGAGAAAGACAAAGACAAGAAUGUCCCUGCGCUGAAGAAUGUGGAGGUGAUCUGCACAAUUCCCUGCCGCUCGCUGCUCACGCCCAGCUACUACCACAGUUUCGGCAUGACAGAGAACUACUUCAUCUUAAUCGAACAGCCUUUCAAACUGGACAUCCUCAAGAUGGCCACUGCGUACAUGAGGGGGGUCAACUGGGCAAGCUGCCUGAAAUUCUGCCCUGAGGAAAAAACUCUGAUCCACCUGAUAGACAGAAAGACCGGCAAAGAGACUGAGACGAAAUACUACACUGGAGCAAUGAUCGUCUACCAUCAUGUGAACGCUUUUGAGGACGACGGUCACGUGCUCUUCGAUGUCAUCGCCUACAAUGAUAGCAGCCUUUAUGAUAUGUUUUACCUGAACAAGUUGAAGGAAAACCCCGGGUUCUCCAAUGACUCCUACUCCAAACCAAACUACAGAAGAUUUGUACUUCCCAUUCACUCAGACCCAGGCAUUGCAGUUGGAGAGGACCUGGUGAAACUCAAAUACACAACAGCCAGUGCUGUGAAGGAGAAAGAAGGCAAACUAAUGUGCCAGGCAGAGGUGCUCUGUGAAGGUUUUGAACUACCCAGAAUUAAUUAUGGUAUCAACGGCAAGAGGCACCAGUUUGUCUACGGGAACUGUGUGGAAGAAUCUGCAGUGUCAAAACAGAUUGCGAAGUUGCACACAGAAACCAAGAAGAUGGUUUACUGGAGCGAGGACAACUGCUGGCCGUUGGAGCCAGUGUUCAUCCCCAGACCAAAUGGAGAGGCAGAGGAUGAUGGUGUGGUCGUAUCCUCAGUUAUCAACACCAACCCAGGCCAGUCUUGUUUCAUCCUGAUUCUUGAUGGCAGAACAUUUAAAGAAGUAGCCCGAGCAUAUGUGAAAGCCGAGCUCAACAAAGAUAUGCAUGGAUUUUUUAUCCCACAAGGAAGUGAGUGAGUUGUGUAUAUGUAACGUCCUCCAGAAAAUUGUGCUGAAUGGCACAGGUAUCUAUUUGAACAUUUUAACAGUUUGACACAAAAGUGUGAUCAGGAUGUGCGUGGUUUCAUGGAUUACCAUAUCUCUGUAAUAGUGAUUGUAUCAAAACAAUUUUUUCUUGCUGUGUUUAAGAAACUUUUUGUGUAGAUCAAAAUGUUGCUUAAUGUUGUAUAUAUUAUGAUAUAGAGUUUGUUAUGCAGUCCACAUUAUUCUAUCAUACUGCUGUGACCAUUAUUGUACUUGUGGUCCUCCUUUUCAUUAAAAAGAAUCUAACAUGUAAAGUUUGUAUUCCCACUGUGUGACAAGAUAACAACAAAAGUGAAUCCAAAACAUUACAUUUGGGAGGAUGGUGAGCAAUCAUGGUUACAAUCAUGUUGUUUUACAUAAAGUAUGACACCAUUUCUUUCAGUACAUCUUAUAACCUAUUGGCAAAGUACCUGAGCAAGCAGGUCCUCAUAUCUUUCCCACGUGCUGACGCACACAGUGAUUUUACCCCCGUAUUCCUGAGUGGUCCUGGGUGAACCCUGACUAUCAGCUUCGGCCCCCCUCGACCCAUCAAAGGAUAAAUGGGUGUAGCUAAUGGAAUAAUGAAACUGCUUUUUACACCAUUGUACAUGGAAGCAUUGGAAUCUGACUUAUGUAACUCCAGGAAAAAUGGCUUAAUUUCCUAAUGAUCAGUGAACCUGACAACCCAGCUGAUAGUAGGAAAGAGUUGCUGGUUCCUGGUUCUUGAAUGUAUGCAGCCAACAGUACUAAGACUAUGUCUAUUUUAAAACUUUAUGGCUCUUUUCCACGUGGA